AUGGAAUAUCAAGCGCUUCGAAGGUUGGUACUGUAUUACCCCAAGGUCAUCCGAUGUACCGCACUUAGGCGUGAUAUGACGACAGUGAGCCGUAGGUAUAUGUCUGGUAAGGGUGGUGGAAGAGAUGAGAAAGGUGAUUGUAGUGAAGAUAAGGAUACCUCUAAAGAGUUGGGUAGAGUGCCGUCGAAAAUAAAACGGGCAUAUAAUGGUGGCAAAGUUGCUGAAGGGGGAGGUUCUCAUACUGUUUCGGCACUACAGCAGAUGAAUCAGUCUGUAGAUAAUGUAGGUACCAGCAGGCCAAAGAUGUUUGGUUCUAAUUUGCAUUUGUUGGUGCCUAAGGUUGCCUCUACGGAGUAUAUCCCAAUUAAAGAAGUGCAUACAGAGGGACUCUUUGCUGGAUACCGACCCCUGUUUCUAGGAAACUCAAGUUUCUCUUCCGAUAUGAGGAAGGGUAAAAACUUUCAUGCUUUAGAUGAUGGUCUUCCCAAUAUACAGGUUAUCGACGCCUCUGAGAAGGAUGGCAAACUCGACGUACAAGAGAUUAUUGAGGACUUACAAAAAACAAGUUUAAUAGAGAAUGUCAGCGAUAAGGAGCAGUUUUCAUCCUCGCACAAACGCAAGCCCGUGAUACCAUGGGACGCGUCUAUAAGUGGGAUGGUCUAUAAUGACAUGCCUUUCAAAUAUGUACCCAAAAAUGUUAUUUCAAAAAUGAAGCCAUUUAAACUUAUGCGUAUUGAAAGAAAAUCACACGCGAAGAACUCAAAAAAACCUAGUAUGAUUAAGCUUCAGUUUCAUAAUCAAAGAAUUAACGAUACGCAAGAGUUGGUGAAUUUCUAUCAAAAUAAAACUCGUCUGCACGAAUCAUUUUACAGUUCGAAGUCAUAUCAAGAAUUCAAGUAUUCGAGCACGAAUAUGAGUAAAAGGCAAAAAAUGUUGAAGGCCAGAGGCGAUUUCGAACAUAAAUUGAAGAAUUAUGCAUACAAACACACAUUCAUCAAAAACGACCAGGAGCUAUUUCGCAAUGAAUUGACUAAACUAAAUAAGAUACUUUCCAGAGAAUUCAAAAAACUGACGAAAUUAUCCAUACACAACGAAUUCAAAAGAGAGCAUCUACCCCUGGUUGUGUAUGUAAGCAAAUCUAACAAUACAAAAAAACUAUUGCGAAGGUCGUUGAAGAAUAAGAUCAUGGAUCAUAUAUAUCCAGUUUAUACCACGAUAUUAUCCACUUUAGCAAAUUCCAAAGACUCCAAAAAAUUCGAAACCAAAAUCAAAGGAUAUAUCGAGAAGAUUAUAACUCGCUUGUCCGAUGAAAUUCCCUCUACAUAUUUUUUCCAAGAUGGGGUGGAUUGCAUUAUUCAACCAAGCCCCGUCCACAAUUUUAAGAGGAUACAUUGGUUAAGGUACACCAAAAGGCAUAAUACUUUCUGGGGAAGAAGCAUAAAUAAAGACGUUCAAGUGAGCUUCAACGAUAAGUACGUUGUCACCAGAAGUGGUGUUAAGUAUACUCGUUAUCCUACUAAUUUGAAUACGCAACUAUUAGAAACUGCAUUUGAAGAAUGGGAUUAUUACGAAUGA